AUGGCAGAUUCCAAACCUCGCAAAAGAUUAAAAAAGCUUGUACGUGGAAAGGAUGAAUCUCCUACAUUUAAAGAAGAUUUCAUUCCAAAAAAAUCUGGAGCUUCCUUAUCUAACUCUUUAUAAUGUUAAAAUCAAUUUUUAUAUACUUUUGAUAAAUUAAGCUUUCCCUGGAGAUUGCUUUGUAAUUAAAAAUUAAUUAAUAGAGCACAUUAAUAUAUAUUAAAAAUAAAUCCUUAAGAUUCGACUCGCCUAUUAUCAUUUUAAUAAUAAAUUUAUUUUAAAACAGCCCCCUAAUAAAAUGGCGGCAUGAUAUGAAGUUGAAGAAGAGGGUAAAAGAUAGCAUCGGCAAGAUAAUGGGAUCUCCGAAUGCAAAACCACUACAUGAAGACGAUUCCUCCUUAGAAGAUUGAAUCACUGACAAAGUAGAAUAUGACAAAUAUGGACCUCCAGUUAGUUCCUCAGAGUCUGCACAUUCCACCGAUGAAGAAGGCGAGGCACGCAAAGCCCGUAAGCGCAAGCCUUCAAGUAGUAGUGAAGAAAGUGCUUCAGAUACCAGCAGCAUAUCAGAGUCAUCCAGAUUUGCCUCUGAAAAUGAAGAUCGUAAUGAAAACGAAGAGCCCAAAAAAAUCUUAGUCGGCAAACAAGCAUUAGAAGAGAAAAGGGCACGAGGACUGAUCCCUGAAGUCCCCAAAAAAGAAAAAACAGAUAAAGAAAAAAAGUCAAAAAAGCACAGCAAAAAGCAUGAGAAAAAGCAUGAGAAAAAGGAAAAGAAAAUACAAGAAAAAUACGAAGAAAUAGUUGAGAAGAAAAAGAAAACAAAAAGUGUUGAUAAUUCUAAAAAAUAUAUACAGUUCAAAGAAUAUUCGUCAAGAGAAGAUAGAGAAAAGGCAGAAAUCGUGACAAAAAUAUUAGUAAGAUGGUGGUAUAUUAAUGAAGAUUGGCCACCCGCAAAUUAUAAUUAUAAUCCAGGACUAAGGCAAAAUAAUCUGAGGCUUGUCAGCAAAGAAAAUUGGAGCAUCGAGUCUAUUGAAGUUGAUGGCUUAGAAAAGGUAAAAGAAGUCCCUGGUUACCCAGGAUUAUAUAUGACUCAUUUAGGGAAAAUCCACGAUUUAAGGCCUGCUGAGACUUGUCCAUGUUUUGAUUUUUAUUUUAAGAAAUCUAAAAAAGAGCUUCAAAGUUUACUCAUCGAAGCCUUGGAAAAGCAGCUUGAAGUUUUAAGCCAACAGCCUAAGCCAGAGCCCGAGCUACAAAAAUCUUUGAGAAAAGAGCUUGAGCUGUACCGAAAACAACACUAA